AUGCUCGGAAUCGCUACCCUCCUGCUCAGUGCGGUUUACUCCGUUACUGCUGCACCAGUUGAGAUUGAGAAGAGAGCCGUAUCGGCAGACGUCCUGAGUCAGCUCCAAUUCUUCUCCCAGUACUCAGCUGCCGCAUACUGCACCAUAAACAACAACAGCUCAGACACCAAGGUUGUCUGUCCUCAGGGUAACUGCCCUCUCGUCGAGGCAGCAAACACCAACACCGUCACCGAGUUCGAGAACAGCCCCGAGACGGAUGUUACCGGCUUUGUUGCAACUGACACGACCAACAAUCUCAUUGUUCUGUCCUUCCGAGGAUCAAGAAGUGUGCAAAACUUUCUCACCGACGCCGUAUUCCCUGUCAUGAAUACCACCAUCUGCCCUACAUGCGAAGCGUCCAUUGGCUUCUGGCAGAGCUGGCUGGAGGCACAGACCACUGUAGUUGCUGCCAUCCAAGAGGCAAUGCAGCAAUACCCAACCUUCAAAGUGGUUGCAACCGGCCACUCGCUAGGUGGUGCGCUAGCCGACCUGGGCGCUGGAGUGCUCCGCUCCCAAGGCAUUGCCGUCGACCUUUACACCUAUGGUGCUCCCAAGAUCGGUCUCGAGGGUAUUAGCAGUUAUCUCAGCCAGACGAACAUGGGCGCAAACUACCGUGUUACCCACAAGUCUGACCCUGUACCCAAGCUCCCUCCUGCGGCCCUGGGCUACCUCAACGUCUCGCCCGAGUACUACAUUACCACUGGAAACGGCGUGCAGCCUGGCACUGGAGACAUUAACGUGCUCACUGGCUUAUUGAAUCUGGCCGGAAACGAGGGAGACUUGGGAUUUGACGUCAACGCGCACUUGUGGUACUUUGGACCCAUCAGCGAGUGCCAGUGA